GUCCGUGUCCAGAGCGCACGGACGGAGAGAGAGGAAGAGAGAGGAAGAGAGAGGAAGAGAGAGGAAGAGAGAGAGACAGAGACAGAGAGAGAGAGAGAGAGCGGGGUGAAGAGGAAGAGGAGGACGGCUGAUGUUUCAUUAAAGCUCCUCGGCUCCUCGGAGCGCGUCAGUCGCGGGACACAUGGACGAACCGAGCGGCGGGUUGAAGUGAGAGAAGGAGUCUGUCAGCUGCUCGGAGGCGGAUUGUGUCAUUUUACUCCUAAAAAAAAACAAAAAAAAAAAAAAAACGGGAAAACUACGAGCGGGUCUGGAAACCCGCUCAGCCCAGAGGGGGGCAGUUCUGCAGGAGCGGGCGCGCGGGGACCCAGAGGAUGAGGAUUUAAACUGGCAACCCUGCAGCUACACCUUCACACCUUCUGCAUCCAGCGCGACCUGUGAGGACCCGGAGACACGCGCAGAGGCUAUGAGUGUGUGAGUGUGUGUGUGAGCGUGAGUGAGUGUGUGUGUGUGUGUAAAAUGCCGCUGCUGGCUGAACACGUGUGAUCGGACAUGGACGCCGUCAUCGCAGGAAACGCCACAGAGGACCUCGUCCCCCUGCCUGACGGUGACCCCGGCAACCUUGCCUACCAAGACUAUGACCUGCGUGCCAGCGCGAACCCCCCGGCCCUGCCCACGCUGCUGUUCGAGGGGGUUAAUUUCCCAGAGGACCCCAUCAGACUGCUGAGUGUUCAGGUGGUGUUGAUCCUGGCCUACAGCACCAUCAUCGUGCUGGGGGUUCUGGGUAAUUCUCUGGUCAUCUACGUCAUCUACCGCUUCAAGACGCUCCGCACCGUCACCAACUUCUUCAUCGCCAACCUGGCCGUCGCCGACCUGCUGGUCAACACGCUGUGCCUCCCCUUCACCCUCGUCUACACGCUGCAGGGCGAGUGGAAGUUCGGCAGCACCCUCUGCUUCAUGCUGCCCUACGCCCAGGGGCUCGCCGUGCACGUCUCCACGGUGACGCUCAACGUCAUCGCCCUGGACCGCCACAGGUGUAUUGUGUACCACCUGGAGACCAGGAUGCGUAAGGAUGUGUGUUUUGGGGUGAUAGCCUUGACGUGGGUGAUGAGCGCCGUGCUCGCCAGCCCUCUGGCCAUCUUCAGAGAGUACGACUCCUUCACUCUGGAGCCUGGACACACCAUCCAGGUGUGUAUGGAGAAGUGGCCUGGUAAAAACACAGACGGCACCGUGUACAGCAUCUCCAUGUUGAUCCUGCAGUACUUCCUGCCUCUGUCCAUCAUCUCCUUCGCCUACGCUCGCAUCUGGUCCAAACUGCGCGGCCACGUCGGCCCGGCGGAGACGGUGGGCAACAGCAGUGCCGGCUCUGAGCGCCACCGCCGGCGCCGCAAAACCACCAAGAUGCUGGUGACCAUGGUGGUGGUGUUCGCCGUCAGCUGGCUGCCCUUCCACGCCUUCCAGCUGGCCACGGACAUCGACAACACGGUGCUGGACUUGCGUGACUACCGCCUGCUCUACACCGUCUUCCACGUGGUCGCCAUGUGCUCCACCUUCGCCAACCCGCUGCUGUAUGGCUGGAUGAACCGCAACUACCGCGCCGCCUUCCUCGCCGUCUUCAAGUGUCGCAGGGGAGGCGAGAGGGGGAGGAGCGGCCGGCUGGACAGCAUUCACCCCGUCGGAGGAGGAGGAAAGAGAGGAGGAGGGAGGGCCAAGAAGAUAGUGCUGGAAACCCAGGACGCAGUGUCCACCCAGCUGAACACCACCGAUGUGUGAAGGCCUGAGGGAGGAGCGAAGGGAGAGGGCCAUGGAGGGGAGGUGACAAGACAAUGAUGAGGCUGCAAGGAAGAGAAAAUCAUUGUCAGGAAAUCUUUUGUUCCCCAGAAGACAAUAGAAAAGAGAUUCCACACGGAGGGGAGAUAACGAUGUGAGAGAAAAUAGAAUCGACGGAGCGAGAGGGAGGCGACGGGGGAUUACAGUUUUUAGAAGCCCAAAAAUAGAGGAGGAGGCGUAGAUGAGCUGGGAUUAGAAGAUGAAUGACAGGAGAGGAGAAGAAAAGCUGCCGGACGACUCAAGGUCUCCUCGCCUGAUGGAGAUACCUUCAUCAUGACGGACGACCACGCCGCUUUUUUCUGGGAGGAUUUCUUCCGAGAGAAAUUCAUCUGGUUUGAAGGAUCUGCGUCACUGACCGAGUGACAAGUGAUUGUGCUGCAAAAACAUUUGUUCAACUCCGACGAAAAAAACUUCAAUGCAAAUCUUGUCAAAAUAGGGCUUUACUCCAUCUUCAUUCCACACGUGAAGCAUUUAGCUCGUACAUUUAACCCAGAGUGGCUUACAAAGGCGAGCGAACGGGUUCGAACCUGCGACAUCUUUACAGCGAGGGGUGGAAAAAAAAAAGUGGGUACCUGGGUUGAGACGGAGGUGAGGAGGAUGAAGAUGCACGGCGCAAGCUUUGUAAAAUCUCAGACAUUGUUACGUAACCAAAUUGUGUGUUUUAAUGUGGAGAGCCUGAUGUUCAGCAGGAGAAGACAGAGGUGGACAGACCGACGACGGAAACAAACUAAACAGUUUGAUUGAGAUUCGAGGGGAGAUGCUUUGUUUUUUUUUCCUUUAUUUUUAGAAGGUGGAGGAAGGAGAGCAAAGAAUGAAAGACGGGGGCAGACGGAGAAAAGGCGAUGAGAGGAUCAGUGAGAGGAGGGGGAUGAGUGAAAUGUGGGAUAAUGAGGGAAAAAGAAAAAAGACGGCGUGUUCCAACAAGACAGAGAAUUCAAACGAACACGCUGCAAUUUAGCCUGAAACAGCAGAGAAAAUAUCAGAUGAAUGUUCCAGGUUAAAAAAAAAAGCUCACGCAAUUCAUUUCUUCACAUUGUUUUCUUGGUUUUUGUUCAUUUAGGAAGCAGUUUGAGCAGAAAGUUUCUCUCUGACUUCAGGUCAGUUUGUUAGAGAUGCACCAGCACUGAGUCGUCGUAUUAAUCUAAUCCAGUCAAGAGCUGAUUUAUUAAUCCCUGCUUCAUUACAGACGCUAAUCAGCACCCAGAUGAACAGAUAUGAAAGAACAGAUCAUUAAAAUAUGAUUGUUCACGGUUAAAUGAAUCUCAUUUCAGGGACACGUCAUUUCUUAGUGAGAGAUUAAUGGGACGCCGUCCUGACCUGGUCAGUUGUAUGAUUUUGUCUUAGAGGAACAAAAAUAAAGACAAAGGGAUGAAAUCAACGUGACAGAAAUGGAUGAUUUCAAACGUGAUGCCACAGAUUUAUGAUUAUUACCUGACACGUCAGCCAAUCACCAGUUAAUGUUCAUGUUCUGAUGUGAGGUGACGGCUGCAGAUGUGUCGGGAAUACAAAUCACGGCUGGGAGCUGAUGUCUAAAUGCUUUUAUCUGAAGCACCACACGGUUCACCUCCCACUCACCCACGCAACCGUCCGUCCAUCUGCCGAGCAGCAGCCACUUCACUUCACUUCAGCAUGUAUUUAUUGACCUUUAAUAAAGCCGUCAGCUCUCUAAACGAUGCCUUGAAGGCUUCUCUCCACUUCAGGAAGGUAUCAGCCCAUAACUGCAGGUGUAUGAGUCCAUUGUCACAGGUUCUGCUUGUGUUUCACAGGUCCAUGAAUCUAGAUCUCAGCACUGCUCAGGUCGAGGGACUAAACCCCAGUUCAUGCUGCUCUCUGGGGGAAAAUGAGCGGCUGGUUUGUCGCCCAGAAAACAUUUGUUUCCCUUCCCCAGUUACGUUUGUACAACGGGAAGAACGAGAGCUCGUUCUCAACCUCCUAUCCAUCUGUGGGUUUCUUUUUGUUUCUCUGGACGUCGUACAGCAGAAGCAGUUCAUUAAUAUCCGUUCGGUGGUCCAGACCACCAGACGAGCUCCUCGCUCUGCUCUCAGGCUGUGAGACUCAUCCUCAGCUCUCCAGUGAAUAAAUGACAAAGCAAGUUACAGAAAUAAACUAUUCACCGUCUGUAUAUUUGUUGUUUUUUUUUGUGUAGCUUUGGGGAAUUUGAACAGAAAUGUAAUUACACCAACUUGUUUUGCAUAAAUUAAUCCUGAUCAGUGGCUCAUGGGCUGAUACCAACAGCCUGUGACUGAGAUUAAUUGAUGUACAACCAACAUUUCUAGUGGUGCAGCAAAGUGGAAACACGCGGCAGGACGCAGAACCAGGACGGCUUUUCAAAGUUCUGGGUUGUUAACUUCCUGUAGUGGAGAAGAGCUGAUGUUAGAAAGUGUUACAUAUUCACAGUUAGACGCUGAAUGUCGGGUGUCAAUGAAAACGUUUACUUCUCCUCUGAGUCGUAUCGAUUUCUCUGCCUGUCUCUCACCUCUGCUGUCCCAUCAUGCACCAGUGUGCAGUAGGUCCUUCCUGCCUGUCUGCACAGGGUGGGAGAUCUACACACACAUUACAAAACAACAAAACAUCCUGCAGCUACGUCUUAAUUCACACCGUCCCAAAUUAAAUUCAUUGUUCAAAAGGUUAUUACCGAAGCUCGUUUUAAUUGUGCGUUCAAACUUUAAUUGCCUAAAUGUAAUUACAGCCCUCCGUCUCCUUCUGGCACGAGCUGUGUCAACAACUUCAUUUGGUGUCAACACAGCCGGCUGAUUAACGACCUGCAAACACGCUGCACAGUGUGAGUGAGCGUUACAGAAGUCAUGGUUACCCUGUGAGACACACGUGCUGGGUGACGGGAUGAAACGCUCGGCAGAUAAAAUCCCCCAGUUUUUUUUGGACUUAGCCUCCGUGUCUCUCUCUCUUGUCUUUUCCUCUUCAAAUCCCUCGAUCCUCUUCCUCUCUCUCUCUCUGAGCUGCGUCACUGCCUCACUCAACCCGCAAUCCCACAAUCCCUCUGUUCCCUUACCAGCUGUUUAUCUCCGGCCUGGUUUUUUAGCUCCUCGUCUGUCUCCUCUCCGCUCUCUAACCCUUCGAAUGCAUGCCUCAGAAAAAAAAAAAUAAUAAAAAAAAAAAACCAAAAAUGGCUUAACGUGGUGUUUUCCUCUGAGCACGAAGACGAGAUGAUUUUAAGAAAUGUCUGUUUUUUUUAUUUUGGCAUGAUUUAGCUCAGAGUGACAAACACUCUGACGCAAACUCAAAUGUUGUCACCGUUUGAUAUUUCACUCCCACGUCUGACUCAAACAUCACAGUUUUCUCUGCAAAUGACUUUAAAGUAGAAGAAUAAGUUUAAACCGUAAUGUGCUUUGUUUAAUGGCGGCGUCCUGAGCUAUAAUCCCUGGACUGAAGAGGGAUGAUAUGACUUAUGAACUGUGUUUACACUUCAAGUGGAAGCAGGUCAAGUUGAGGUUCAGAAGAAAACGUCAUCUGGUUUGCCCUGAAAUCCCCAAAGCUAUCCCACAAUGCAGUGCGUGGAAUCUUAACGUCCACGCUUGUCAAUAAAAUUAGAACUGGCAGCUCCGUCAUCGCAAUUACGUUUUGGUAGUUAACAUUCCUGGAAACCUCGGAUACGCUCACAAGUUGUUCAGUUGUGGAGUUUCCUCAGGUUUCCCAGGAAGUUAUUACAGUUGUACAGACAUACUGCAAAUAACUAGCAAGCUUUUUUUUACCUCAACAUAGAAACAUGGACUCUGCUGGAUAAUUGAACAACCCUUCAUGUCGAGGCCACCAGUGUUGAAUAUUUCAGCUUCUAUUCGGUGCAAAUUGGAGUUGAAAUGACUCAAAAAGCUUUGUUAUUGAAUUUAUAAGCAGAAGUCAACAGCGUACUUGAUCAGUUCAUCCAAAAUGAACCCAGAAUCCACGCUAAGCUAAUUUAGCUGUGAUGUUUAGCUUCAAGCUGCUGCUGGAUUAUAUCUCAGUUUUUCCAUCCAAGCUCAUCGAUCAGGAGCACACGGACCAGCGGGCCAAUUCCUCGCUAGCUCACUUACUGAUUGGCUUGUUUCUCCUCGUAUUGUGUUUGCUUGGUGGUUUACAGGUAAACAAGAUGGCGGUCGAACUUUUAUGAACCUCACUUUUAAAUGCCUCUUGUGAUUUUUUAUUAUUUUUGUUUUUAAUUUCAGCUCUAUUAUUUGAAGAAAAGAAUGGAACAGAUAUUUAGUUUUUUCACGGAUAAUAUUCUGAUGUAUUGACGAGGUUUGUGACGGGAUGACACAGAUGCUGCUCGACCUUUAUCAAACAUGAAUGUAAACCUCUUUGUAACAUGGCUGUAAUGUCGUAUAUUGUAUAAUUUUGUGUAAAUAUUGACCGUGUGAAGACUGUAACCGAGCACAAACUGUUGGCCUUUACCUGUGACCAACAACAGAUGUACUAUUCUCAAGCACAAA